GUUCAGCUGUGGGAGGUCAAGGAGAGGCCCAGUUUCUCCUGGGAAUGAAUUCAUCCCCCAAAAGGAAGAUCACUUUCCCCUGCUAAUUAAGCAUCAUUUAGGGCUCCAAGUGAGCCCUGGUCAGAAGCUGCUUUGAAGAUAUCCUGCAGGGGCCAUGACCACCCUCUCUCCUGAAAACAGCCUCUCUGCCAGGUGGUCAGCCUCCUUCAUCCUGGUGAAGAGAAAACCACCCAUUGACAAGACGGAAUGGGAUGGCUUCUUUGAUGAGAAUGGUCUGUUGGCCAAGUCACGAGACCUCAUUUGUGUGAACAUCCUGGAGCGGGGUCUGCACCCCUACGUGAGGACAGAAGCCUGGAAGUUCCUCACGGGCUACUACUCGUGGCAGAGCUCCCAGGAUGAGCGACUCACGGUGGACAGCACGAGGAGGAAGAACUAUGAGGCCUUAUGCGAAAUGUAUAAAAAGAUUCAGCCCCUUCUGGAAAACCUGCACCGGAACUUUAUGGAGACUCGGAAUACCAUCACAUAUGACAUUCAGAAACUCUACGACAAAGACCCCCUAGGCAACGUCAUUAUCGACAAGAAGAGACUGGAGAAAAUCUUGCUCCUGAGUUAUGUCUGCAAUACCCAGGCAGAGUACCAGCAGGGCUUCCAUGAGAUGGUGAUGCUCUUCCAGCUGAUGGCAGAACAUGACCACGAGACUUUCUGGCUUUUCCAGUUCUUCCUGCAGAAAACGGAGCACAGCUGUGUUAUCAAGAUCGGAGUAGGCAAGAACCUGGACAUGCUCAACACCCUGAUCAACUUCUUGGACCCCGUGUUUGCUGAGCACCUAAGAGGGAAGGGGGCGGGGGCCGUGCAGUCCCUCUUCCCCUGGUUCUGCCUCUGCUUCCAGCGUGCCUUCAAGUCCUUCGACGACGUCUGGAGGCUCUGGGAGGUUCUGCUGACCGGGAAACCCUGCAGAAACUUCCAGGUGCUGGUGGCCUACAGCAUGCUGCAGAUGGUGCGCGAGCAGGUGCUGCAGGAGAGCAUGACCAGUGAUGGCAUCCUCCUGGCCUGCAACAACCUCAUUGACCUUGACGCGGAUGUGCUGAUCUCUGCUGCCUGCUUGGUGUAUGCUGAGCUCAUCCAGAAAGAUGGUCUGAGGUCUGAGCUGCAGCACCAGCCCUCCUGCAAAACCAACACAUUCCCGCCCACUGUGAACCAGCACUGGGCUUUUGCGACAAUUUGAAAAGGCUGUCCCCUCCCGGUGGGUGCAGCCUCUUAGCAGAUGGUGCCUUGUGCCAAGCAGAAGGUGCCCACCAUGGCUGGAUUUCAACCCAUACCUCCCCACCUGCGAGGCCCAGCACACAAACCACGAGAGCCUACACAGCUGUCCUGCGUAAUGCCCAGCAUUAAGGGAAACUGAAGAAUGGUGACAAGUUGAACUUGAAAAUCACGAGCAGCCAGAGAUGAGACCUUUCCCCUCGACUUCCUCCUUCUCCCCUGGAUCGGGCCCAGAGCUAUCAGGAAUGGAUGAGGGAGAGGCCCCGGCGGGGAGGGCCCAGGGAGUCAGAGCAGCAGGGCCACAGGCCCUCCUACAAAGCCUGUUAACAUCUUAUCUCCUUGGAGCCAAGUGAAAACCGCCCUAGGAGGGAGGCAGGACAGAGUUCCAAAAAAAACUGAGGCCAAAACAGUUUGAAGGGCCUGUCUCACGAUGGCACUACUGAUAAGAAAAUGCUGAAUGAUGGGAGGCAAGGUCACAGAGCAGUGAGGAGGCACCAAGCUGACCUCGGGAAGCAUCUUGGCCCUGAACUUGGGCAUUCAUUUCGCCCUUCUGAGUAUCCAUUUGCUCAUUUGUAAAAUGGGAAUGAUAGUGAGGGCUCUUCCCAGGAGUAAAGAAAGCAGUGCCUGGAAGGUUCUCAGCGGUAGCUGUAGAAACUGGGAAUAAAACCCCAAUUCAUGGCUCAGGGAAAGAUGUGGACAUACUGUGGAGCUCCCUGGUAGGUGAAGAAGUCUGGGAUGGUAGAAAAGGGGUCAAGUACCAGGCCUGUAGACCAGAGGAAGAAGACUCAGAGGGGGCACCUUCCACAGCUGUGGGGAUACCCAGUGGUGCCCCCAGACCUCCUUCGGGACCUGGUGAGUGUGGCCUGCAGAGGGCACACUGCCUCUCCCAGGAACUGCUCUCCAAGGCCGCAUCCUCAUUCAGAGUGUGGGUCACAUGCCAACGGCUCAUGCUUCCAUCUGAGGCAGCUAUGUGUGGAGUUGUCUAUGACUCCCUAUCAGUUGAGCUGCUCCCUCUGCCCCCCUCUGCUCGCUUCACCCCCCAAGAGCAUGCCCCAAGAGCAUGUACAUCUAAUGGCUGAGUCUGCUUCCUCUGGUGCUGGAACAAAUCACCAUCAGCUUCGGUGGCUUAAAACCCACACACAAAAACACACGUUUAUUUUCUUACAGUUCUGGAGAACAGAAGUCCAAAAUCAGUCUCAACCGGGCUCAGGUCAAGGUGUCCUCAGGGUGGGUUCUGUGCAGAGGCUCUAAGGGAGAUUUGUUUCCUUGCCUCUUCUAGCUUCUGAAGGCUGCCAGCAUCCUGGGCCCACCUCCGCUUCCAGUGUCAUGUCUCCUAAGUCCUCCUGGACCUCCUUGCCUCCCUCUUCCAGAGACCCUUGGGACUACACUGGGACUCACCUAACUAGUCGAGGAGAAUCUCCCCAUAUCAAGAUCCCUAACUUGAUCACACCUGCAAAGUCCCUUUUGCCACAUAAGGUAACAGUCACAGGUUCUGGGGAUUAGGAUCUGGAUAUCUUUUGGGGGGCUAUUCAGCCUUUGACUCCAAGGAAUGGAACCUAUACAAGCAGCCUUCUCCCCUUAAGCUGGAGGACCAAGGUGGUAUUGCUCACCUCCUUUCAACCAACAUGUUUGGCCUCUCCCAUCUCCCCAACAAGGGCAGUCUGAUUCCA